UUGGGGGUGUGUGUAAAUGUGUGCGUGUGUGAGGGAGAAAUACCCAGCUGGUCCCUCAAGCCCUAUAAUACCAAGCACAACAUGCUUUACCUUCAAUGAAAGCUGAGACGGAGACGGUUGACUGCUGCUCCUGAAAUCAGCUCCGAGCUCCGAUUCCAGACCUUUGGCUGCUCACCUCUGCUCCGUUCCACCUUCUGCUGCUGCGCCGGAACUUUUGUCAUUUCUGCCUGCAGACUUAUCACACGCACCGUUGGAUGACGCUCCCGUGACCAGCGUAGAGCGAUGGUUUCAUUCUCUCGCAGAGGGUUCCUCCGCAGGUGAUGCUAUGAGUUUUCGGAGGUAGUCACACUUAGUGGAACGUGCUAGUUUUUGCAGCCCUCGUCCCUCUCUCUCCUCCUCCGCCGCCUCGGCUCCAGCAUGGCUCGUCGGCCCUGGUCUGCGGCCGUGAUGCUUUACGGGUGGACUUAUCUGUGCGUGGCGUCCUGCGCGAUGCUUAAAGCGGACACGUUCCCAGAGAGGCGACAUUUGGAUUUUACCCAUUCGCUGGAUAAGAAGCAUCACGUGAAGGAGCUCCAGGAUCUGCUGCUGCAGGAUACAAUGACGGAGCACAUGCAGAUGCUUUACACCAAGUACAACAGGGCUGGAUUCCCCUUUAAAGACGGAAACACCGUCCGCAGCUUCAAGGCGCACCGGGGAACUAUAAAUAAGAAGCCGCUGCAGAUCUUCAACCUCACCUCUCUGGCCAAAUCAGAAGAUGUCCUUUCCGCCACUCUUCACUAUUACACAGGAGGCCUGCAGAACAGCACCCAGGGCUGUUCCCGGCCCAGGAGCCGCGCGCGCCACGGGCCGCGGGGCCUCGGCCACAUCCACAUGCUCAUCUGGAGCUUCGGCUCUGGGGACGACGACAUGAGGACUCUGGGACGCGUCCAGAUCAACGUGUCCACGCUCCACAAAGACUUCAAAUCUUGGCAGUGGAAGGACAUCACGCACGCCGUCAACCAGGCCAAACGCCACCGCGAGCUGCUGAUCGGCAUCGACGUGGCCUCGCAGGGGCCCCGGCCCUGGAACACGCUGCUGUGCCAGCGCCCCCCCUACAUCCUGGUCUACGCCAACGACUCCGCCAUCUCAGAGCCCGAGAGCGUGGUGGCCACGCUCCAGAGACACUCGGUGGGAGGGGACGGCUCCCCCCGCGGCCCCCAGGAGCCGGGGCCCCGCGGGCGCAGCGACGGCACGGCGGCCCAGCAGAAGCCGCCCAGAAGCAGGCGCUCGGUCGGCGUCCUGCUCCCCCUGCAGAACAACGAGCUGCCCGGGCCCGAGUACCCGUACGAGGCCGCCGCCUGGGACCAGCCCGGCCCCUACCAGCCCCCGGAGGACAAGCCGCCGCGCCGGCCGCGCAAGAAGCCGCGCAAGAACCCGCGGCACAAGAUGCCGCUGCUGCAGUUCGACGAGCAGACCCUCAAGAAGGCGCGGAAGAAGCAGUGGAACGAGCCCAGGAACUGCGCCCGCAGGUACCUGAAGGUGGACUUCGCUGACAUCGGGUGGAGCGAGUGGAUUAUCUCUCCCAAGUCCUUCGACGCCUACUACUGCUCCGGCUCCUGCCAGUUCCCCAUGCCCAAGGCGCUGAGACCCUCCAACCACGCCACCAUCCAGAGCAUCGUGCGCGCCGUGGGCGUGGUCCCCGGCGUCCCCGAGCCCUGCUGCGUGCCCGAGAAGAUGUCGUCGCUCAGCAUCCUCUUCUUCGACGAGGACAAGAACGUGGUGCUGAAGGUGUAUCCCAACAUGACCGUGGACUCCUGCGCCUGCAGAUAGUUCACGCUCUGCCCUCGAACCCCAGUCAGAGCAGUCAAAGGAGCCCCGCGUGGCCGCACAGACUCCCCACACCCAGCGCUGAGCCUGUGCUGCAGGGGCUCAUCCUCAGAACUCACCACUGGCUCUGCUCACGUACCCAUCGCGCAUCUCACAGUGCGCACGAUCGUAAAGUCAUUUUAAGAUCCUCCAGUACUAACUGAGGCGUAAGAGACGAGAAGUGAAGGAACAAUCACUUUUUAGGACAAGACCUCAGUGACGCCUCUUUCCGCUCACACUUGCAUGGUUUUCAUUACUACGCGUCUGUAUUUAUGUCUGUAAUAUCACUGAUAUUCACUAUAUGAGAAGUUAUUGUAUAAUUAUUGGCUUGGCUGCUAUAGAGAGACGUAUUAGGUUCCAAAGCCAAACUGGUGAAGUAGACGAAGACACACAGCAGGUCACUGCCCUCGUUGUACAGAGUUUAUUAGAAGCAGAAGAUUAAGCUACGUUCAGUCGGGACGCGACGGGUUUGAAGACAGAAUCAGAGGCCUGAACAUAAAGGAAUGAAGUCAGCGACGAGAAGAACUGCUCCACUGAGUCGUCCACGUCGAGAUGGACGCGUUUGACCGGACACCAGAACAAAGAUCAGAUAAACAGAUGAGUUUAAAAUCCGUUCCACUUCCAGUCAGCGACAGCGAAAGCAGCAUGAGCUGCGUGCAUUGGUUCCGACCACAGAGCGGAUAUGAGUCAUGGGACCGGUCCAUAGGUAACGCUGAACCUGCAGGAGCAGUCGAGUCGUGACCACUCCUUUUUCGUGCCUUAUUGUCAGUUCAUCAAAUCAAGUAUUUAUUCAGAGCACCUAUAGCAGCAUCCCUUCCAUUUACCUGUACAUUUUCUGUAUAUAGCUCAGCACAUGUCGAAGCCUCUCUCGCCUGUUUGCCGUCGGGCGUCUCAGAGCUCAGGUCUGACCUUGACUCCUGCUUCAUGGAGUGGACGCGUCGGGCGUUGAGCUCUCGCUCACUCCACUGUUGUGUAAAUGUUACGAUGUAGGUGCCGCUUGUACAAUAAGCUUCAUAAAGUAUAUUUGUAUAUGGAAAUGACCUUUAACCUACAUCUAUUUAUUUUGUGUAUGUUGCAUAUCUUAGAGGUGAGAGCAGGACGGAAGGUGAAGCUUCUUUAUUCCUGUGAUGGACACGUAGCUCUGACCCGCUUCAAAGGAACAAAUAAAGUCAUGCAUCACAUCCAGCAAGAGUUUCUGUGCUUUAAAGGACAGAAUCAGCAACAACACAAAGUCAAACAGGAACUUUAUUUCCUCUGUAUCUAACAUGAACUGUAAGGUAAUAAAACACAGAGGCUUCACUGGU